AUGAAGAAUCUUCUUACCUUACCAGCACCUUCAACAGCUCGUCUGGCAGGUUUAGAUUUACUCGUCUUCCCUUUGGACCCUGUGUUAGACAGGAUAUUUUCCAACAGAAGAUGGAUUUUAUCCUUGAGAAAUGCCCGGGAACAGUUGGUAUUGCUGCCGACAUUGCAGUUCAUGGUCCUACUGGGAAAGAACAUACAUGUAAAUGCCAAUUUGCACAACCUGAUGCUAGUCGCGCAGGAGCACGGACUAGUCUUCAACCUAGACAAAUGUGUUAUUAAAGAAAGAAUGAUAACAUUCUUUGGAAUGUUAUUCGAUGCUGGCGGAAGCUAUUCGAGCCAUCCAGGUCCCACAGGAUGCCCAAGAACUCCAGUUCUUCCUUGGUAUAGCAACAUACAUGGCUCCUUUCAUUCCAAAUCUGUCUGCUUUGUCUGA